AAGAAAAAAAAAAAAAAAAGACAAAAAUGGAGAGACAGCUGCAAGAGACUUUCAACAAAGAACGCGUUUGAGCGGAAUUUUUUUUUUCUUUUUUUUUUUGGAUUAGGAAAAAAAAGUUACAAUUCUCAUUAUCAUUUUGUUAUCGUCCUCCAAUCGCCGGAUUUUUUUUUUCUUUUUUCAAUAGUCGACCUUAUUUACUUCAUCACCGCCACUAUAGAAUAAUAUGGCAGACAGAGCCCUUGAUUCAGGUAGCAACAAAGAUAACAGAGAUAAAGCACCCGUGCUAUCACAAUCGGCGCGAUCAGGACUUCAGUUUCCUGUAGGUCGUAUCCAUCGUUACUUGAAAGAAAAAGGCAAGAGUAACACUCGAGUCGGAUCCAAAGCAGCCGUGUACACCGCCGCCAUUUUAGAAUAUUUAACAGCAGAAGUUCUCGAGUUAGCCGGUAACGCUACCAAAGACUUGAAAGUAAAACGUAUCACGCCCAGACACUUGCAACUUGCCAUUCGCGGAGACGAAGAACUCGAUGCAUUGAUCAAAGCUACCAUUGCCGGUGGUGGUGUCUUGCCCCACAUUCACAAGAAUCUCAUUGGCAAAACCAAGAUGGGAAAAAAGAUGUAAUCGAAACUCACCGAUUUUACCGCGUCUACCAAAAAAAAAAGGGAGGGGGGAGAAAAACAAUUAUUAUUACUGUCGCAUAAUUUGUGUUUCCUUUGUAUCUCUUGCUUCUUUUCUCUCUUAUCAUUGUUCUUACCUAGAGAUUACUUGUUUUCCAUCACAUUUACAGAUCUUUCACGGCUCUUUCGAAGCUUUUUUUUCUUCUUCACCCAUUAUUUUAGCAUUUAUUGUUUUAUAUCUUCAGAAUACAAUUGGACACCCACGAUAUUUGAUGAUUGGGAAGAACAAUGAUGGUUGACGGUAUAUUUGCAUGAAAUAUAGGCCCUCCG